AUCAGCAGAUAUGAGAUGAAUAAUUACAGAAAACCGAAAUGGGAUGUGACCGAAAUUGACUAUCUCGAGGGGGAGGGACGAGCAGAGGACCUCAACAAUCACCUAUUUCACCAUAAAUACUUGUUUCUACCGGUGGAGACAAUGGGUCACGAAAUCCGCUUUAGGAAAAGAUUCCUGCCUCGCUCCUUUGCUGAUCUCAGUGCCAUGGUGUUCAUGAGUGUGGUCAUCCCUGCAGUGUAUUGGUUUGAGGUAUAUGUUGUAGCCCCUACUGUAUACAAUACAACACUCAACUUCCUACAUGCCAUCCUGGGAACAUAUGUUGUGAUAAAUAUAUUUGGAAACUUUGUUGCCAUCAUCGUUGUUGACUCUUCCACUCAGAGACUGGUGCUGCCUUCACAGGUGCCUCCUGGAUGGCAUGUGUGUGCUGUAUGUGAAAGCACUGCACCUCCUCGUUCCCGCCACUGCAACACAUGUAAUGUUUGUGUGCUAAAGAAGGAGCACCACUGUGUGUUUGCUGGAUGCUGUGUGGGGAUGAAUAACCACAGGUAUUUUUACAUCUUCCUCUUCCUCAUGUGGGGAUCAACCCUGUACUGUUCCUGCCUCAAUGCCUGUUUCAUCUGGCCUUAUGUGGGAGGAUUCAACAUGUGGGCCAUUGUGCGCCUGCUACUGCCAGGAGUGUGGUUGCUGUUGGAGCCCUGCAUUGACACUCUAUAUGCCUUCCUCUUCUCCAUCAAUGUGAUCGGCUGCCUCUUUAUGUCAGUGCUCAUCUACUACUAUACAAACCUCUUAAUGACCAACACCACCACUCACGAGAAUAACACACGCAAAGGUCAAAAGUAUGAUCAAGGAAGAAACCAGAAUCUGAAGGUGACUCUAGGGGAACGUUGGUACCUGACCUGGGUGUUUCCAACACUGACCUCACCCCUUCCUUGUGAUGGUUUGGACUGGUCAACACAUCACCCCACGGGAAAGACAGACAAACACAAAAGCAAAUAACAUGCCAUAGGCACAAGCAUAGCUGCCAGUGUCCAUCUUGUGUUUGAUAAGGCCAUGAGUACAAAUUGGCACUUCACUUACAUACUCCAUUGCUCAAAUAGUUUGUGUGUUUGUGGAAGUUUGGGAUUCCUGUUAUUUUAGCUUCAUAAAGGAGAAUAUGGACAGCAUCUUCUAUUCUUUCUCUUAUUUGAAAUGCUUACUGUACUUAUGUUAUAAUUUUAAUUGAGUUUUCUACUGUACUAUAUUCACAAGCUAUCAAGAUAAUAUAUGAGUACUGAAUAUUCUUCUUUCAGUCAGAUGCUUAAUCUAUACAAAACUGAUCUGCAAAGGUAAUACUUGCACACUUUAGAUUCUCAUUUAGAUUGUAUUUGAUUUUAAAAUUAUUAAUUCUUCUAAAAUUGAAAGAAUAAUAGCAAAUGUUAUAAAAAAGAGAAGAGAAGAAAUAACUCACAUAUCAGUGACAUGAAUUGUAAAGAAUGUGUGGAAUCCUUAUCAUAUUGUAAACUAAUCACAAACUUGAACCAAAGUUAUUUUAUCCAUAAUGUUUAGGUUUCAUAGAUGAGGAGGAAUCCAAGAUUUUUCUUGCAGUUAUAACAAUAAUUGUCAAUGUUCUGGAGAAUGGUAAAGGUACACAUUUGUACUUUGCCUGAUCUCCUCCAUUGCCAUUUCAAGCUUGUCACAGUAUGGCUGGUGAUGAUGUGAUGAGCUUUCUCCUAACACAUUUUUUACACUUUUCUGUGCAGGUUCCUGCUUUUCCUCUUUUAUUUUCCCUUUGACAUUUAUUUCUCCCUACAAGAUCCUUUGUGCACAAGACAUAAAAGCAGUGACUUUAGCAAAGGUGAAUUUAUGAUUUUGCUGAUAUAACUAUGAAUUUUAUUUAUGUUAAUGUAAUUGUAGCAUCUUCCGUCUGUGGUGUUUACUUUGUCACAUCUAUUGACAUAUUUUAUGGAAGGAUGAAUACAUGAAGAUGUAUUGUACAUAUCAUAAUCAAUGCCUUAUACCAGAAGUUCUUUACCAAGAAAGGCAUACAUACUUUGUGUUUAUUUAAUUCUGGUGAGGUUAUACGAAUAUAAUGCGGGAUUCAAUGACAAAUAAGAUUUUAUCGGUUAAGUAUAGUAAAAUAACUGUGGGGUCUUGGUAGCUAAGAGUGAUGUCACACGAUUCCAGGUAAACUCAAUAUUUUCAUAUAAUGCAGGAAUAUAUAUAAGAAAAUUUUGAAAAUAGAAGACUAAUUACCAUAGUUGGGUAUGAUGUCAAAAAAAUUAUCGCAACAACCGAUAAAUCAAUGAUAAAAUCCUUAUCAGUGAUAACUGAUAUAAUUGAUAACUGGAGGUGAAUAUAAUUAUCAUCCAAUAACCAAUAAAUCCAAGAUUCUGAUACUAACAAUAACAAUGUUGGUAUUUCAAAUUUUAAAAAUUCAGAAUCCAAAUCUUUAUUUCUAGAUUAUUCAAUAAUUACAAACUGGGGAAAAAAUAAAAUUUAAUGUUUAUUCUGUUUCUUCGCUAUAGUACAACUAAAUUGUACUGACCCACAGGGUGAGGCCGGUAAUCUGUGCAACGUUACCAUCUCUCUCAUUACUUCCUGGAAAACAGAAUAAUGGUUCUUUAUUCAAUUUAAUGCAACACUUCACUAAAAACAAACGGUGGGGAAUAAGAGACAUGAAGAUUAUUCCAUAAGUAAAUUAAAUACAGUAAAGGUGCUUGUUAUAAAAGUGAAAAUGAGACAGAUAAUUUACAAAAUAUUUACUGUUAUUUCCUCUCAAGAUACCCAGUCUAAUAUAAUGAGUGGUGAAAACAAACAUAAGAUGAGAGUAUUUUAUUUCAGUUAUUGCCUCAAGCUAAACUUAUUUAUUGAAGAUCAUUGGAUACAGAAUUUUUUUCCUUGGUCUGGCAGUACAAGAAACAGUACUAAGAUGAGGAAGUGUUGGUAUGUCCUUCCAUCAUGGUGACUAGAUGAGAAGUGAGUCUAUUUGCAGGUACAUGGUGACCUGACUCCCCGCUUUCCCUUGGGAAAAUCCCACCUUGGGUCGAGUGGCAACGUCACCUAACCUGAUCUGCCACAUGUGCAUGAAAUACCUUCAUUUGAUUUGGUAUAUAACAUUUAUUUGUACCACUUGCUAUUUAAUGAGUCAGAAUAUUCUUAGAACACUGUUGAUCAUACAGUGAUUAAAGAACCAUGAGUAGUAUAGGAUGAAUGUUUUGGUUAGAUGGUGAACAAAACCCUAUGGGUCAGUACAAUUUAGUUUUACUAUAUGAAAAGUACUUUUACAACUAAAAUAACUGCAUUUAAUUUUGAAAGAGUAAAACCUCAAUAUACUCAAGUUUGAAUAAACUGAAAUACCAAUUAUCACUAGUUUGGAACCAAAAAUAUCAAUAAUAUCGGUAAAUCAAUAAUGUGAAAAAAGAUAAUCAUAUAGCCAAUAACCUAAUAUUGUUAUCGUGAAAAAUUAUCGUAAUGUUUAAUUGCAGUAAUGUCUACCCAUGCUAAUGAUGAUGGAAGUGGCUCUAUAUAAAAGAGCAUAAAUCUUAUAUAACCUUUUAUAUACCAUAGUUUUCUUAUUUUUAGUUACAAUCUUCAAUUUCGUACACAUUCUACAUAGCUAUCUAUACAUUACAUAUCAGCAGUGUUUGAUCAUAAUUCUGAUGAGUCACAGGUUGUUUGAAAAUGUUCUGUACAGUUUAUUUGCUUUACAUUGAAUCUUUAUAAUGAUCCAAUGACACUAAUUUUGUACCAGCAUUGAAUGUAUUUUGCCUUGCCAUAUUAACUAUAAUUAAUCUGUGCAGUGCUAAAAAGGAAAUUACAAAAUUAGUAGUUGGAAUGAGAAUGACAUCAGCAUGAAUCAGAAUGACAUCAUUUUGGCAUUUCUCUCUUGUGUCAAACAAUUAAUUAAUAUUAAUUAUAGAUCUUUUCUAAGAAGGGAGAUUUGGCCAAGGGCAACAAAAACCAUUAAAAAUGCACACAUUGUUGCAUGUCCCUGAGCAGCUCCGGGAGAUUUAGCUAAAAGAAUGGGAUAAAUGUCUUGGUGUGUGGGACAAAUGUAAAUGUUAUUUUACUGAUUAAGGUAGUGAUGUAAUUUUGUUCAAAUAUGAAAUUCAUAUUGUACUAAAAAACUAGAGUUGAUAGAGGUGUUCAUUAUAUCUAUGUCCAUAUAGCAACUGUCUAAGCAAGAAAUCUUGUGAUGUUAUAAGUAGUGCAAUAUUGUAUAUUUUAUCAACACUUACUAUUGAGUCAUGAGCCAGUAACCACUAGUCACUUUUAUUAUUAUAGUAUAAAUACUUUUAAUUGAGUCGAGAGGAGAAUUGCUAGUCACUAAUUGCUUUAUUCCAUGUCACUCAUGACAUGUACUGUAUGCAUUUUAAUGAUUUAACCAUUCAUUCAGCACAGAACAAGUUCAUACAGUCUGAUCUAUGGAUACAGCUGUGAUUUUUCAAACACCACACAUCCUAUUAUUCUCUUGCUUAAAGAGGACAGUAACUGCUCACUUUUUAAUUUUUUUUUUUCUCUCAAUCUGAGUAAUGUACAAAGUUCCUUCUGCCAAAUAAGAACAUUAUCCUUGAAUUAAUGAGCAUGUGGGUACUUGUUGAUAUGACUUUAUUGUCAUCCACUGUCAGUUUCAUUGAUCUUGAGAAAUUUGUGAAAUAAUCUUGACUAUAACAGUUUAAACCUCAGUCUUGCAUCCUAAUCUUCUUUCAAAUUUGACUAUUUUAAAUUAUUUAAUUACAUAACUUACUCUAAGCUUGUCACUAAUCCCAAGAACCAAUGUGUAGUUAUUUUUUAGCCAAAUAAUUUUCACCCACCUGCAUUAAUACAUUCCACUUUCUCAUGUCUCAGGUUACUGAAGAUUGAAUGUAGCCCGGAUGGUAUCAAGGUGUAUGUGUGGUUGUGAUGUUUUAAGAUGGUAGGGAAACAUGUGGGAUGAUGUGGGGAUUGAUCACAGGUACUUAAAUCUGCUUGCUAAUUACGAUGGGUGAGAUUAAUUAUAAGAUUUUUUUCACACUGGAAAGUAUGAACAUGUUAUUUUAUGUGAAUGUAGGAGGCAGCUACAAAAUGUGUGUAGAUUACUUGAGAUUAAUUCAAUGUUGUACUGAAGUUCCUUUCUCAUUGAUAUGCUGCAAGAUUUUGUACAGACUUUUGUUGCUAUUCUGUUACUUCAAAUAGUUUCCCAUUCCUACAGUGGAUGGUUGCAUGGCAAGUAGGUACAAGAGUUAUGAGGAUUGGCUAUAAUCAUAAGUUUUCUUUUAGGAUGGACAGGAGGACUUUUAAGAUAAUUUGUAUACAUUAUCCCUAUGAAUUGCUAUUUAUUAAUUAGUCACAUAAUUUUUUGUAUCAUCACAACUUCCCUUAUCAUCUUACAAAACUGACAAUAAUAUAAAGAAGCACAUAGGAUGACAAUACCUACAAGUGAUUUAAUUGAGUUUUUAUACCAGUGAAACACUACAUUGUAAUUAUAUGCUUGGCAGUAUCUAAAGAUGCUAUGCCAGUUUCUUAUUCAUUUAUCUUCAUUGUGCUUGUGUUCAAUGUUCUUUCAUUGGAAGUUAUUUAUUAUGGGGUAAUCCUGCAUGGGUCUUUAUGGUAUAAUCUAGUCACAUCUGCCAAAAUAAGGGUCCAACCACUUUUCUUCGUGACAUUGCUAUAAAUUUGUGAUAUUCAUCCACAAAUAAAAUCAAGAGGCAUAAGUAGCAACUAACACUCAGCAACUAAAGUGCCAAAAAUUAAAUAAUAAAAUAAAACAAAAGAAAUGCUUUGAAAACGUUCUUAUGAGAAGAAUUCUCUUGUAACAUGUGAUAAUUUGACUUGUUUGUCUGUUACUAGCAAAAUGGUUCUUAUAGGUAUCCCAUUACCUGUAGCAACAUUAAUAGUUCUGGUCUCACUGCAGCAUUAAUAUAAGAAGAAAGUAGGAGCGACAAACUGUCUAUUUUACAAAAUAUCACAAGUUAAAAUUAUA